AGAGGGAGAGAGAUGCUUUAUACUACGUCAGUGUAGCACAUUCUCUUUGUCAGGAUGGUACAUUUAACACUGCUGCUAUGGAUGCUGUCUUUGUUUCAGUUGUCAAACUCUCAAGUGAAUCCUUGGGAAGAUUUUAGGGUCAUGCGUGGGCAUCCUGCGGCCAUUCUUGACGAUUACCGUUUUCGUCGUGACAGAUUUCGACAUGAGGACACUGUUGCUGAUUUAUCACCAAAAUUUGUCAUCCUGGCUCCAAACCUUCUCCGGACUGACAGCGUAGAAAAUAUUUACCUAAAGGCCUAUUAUGUAUCUGAGCCUAUUACAGUCACAAUUACAAUACAGGACUUUCCCGCCAGAGCCCUCCAGCUAAUGCAGGACUCGGUAGUGCUUACGUCAGACAAUAACUUCAGUGCCCUGAGAGCCAUUCAGCUUCCCUCGAAGCUUUUGCGCAGGCAUGAGGAUGAGAACAAAUUUGUCUAUUUGACGGCAAAGUUCGGUUCUUUACAUAGCGCGGAACAAGUACUGAGGGUGUCAUUCCAGUCAGGCUACAUCUUCAUCCAGACAGACAAACCCAUCUACAACCCUGGUGACAAGGUGCGUUGCAGGGCUUUUGUGUCUACCCCAGCUUUCAAGGCAUUUGCUUCUACCAUAUCCCUUGAGUUCCAGAAUCCAGAUGGCAUAGCUGUUCAUGGCAUAACUAGGGCCAGAGCUGAUGAAGGCAUCUUUUCUGAGACAUAUCCAUUGUCAGACAUAGUGAGCGAGGGCAUGUGGAAAGUGGUUGCAAAGUUUGACAACUGGAAACAAAAUAUAUUCAGCGCUGAAUUUGAGGUCAAGAAAUAUGUUCUUCCCGCCUUCAAUGUCACUCUGACACCAAAGAAAUCUCACUUCAGUUUAGAGGACUCAGAGCUGGUGGUUGAGGUCUCUGCAAGAUAUCUUUAUGAUGAGCCCGUCAAGGGGACCGCGUUUGUGGUAUUUGGCGUUGAAGUGGACAGAGAGAAAAGGAGAUUACCAUUAAUGAAGCAAGUGAAUGAUCUGGAAAAAGGAACAGUUUCUUUAACUCUGGACGAACUUAAGAGAUCUUAUCCCAACAUAAGAAGCCUAAUAGGCCGAUUCAUAUACGUAAAGGCCUCUGUUUUGACCUCUUCAGGAAGUGACCUGGUUGAAGCUGAGAAAUCUGGCAUUAAGAUCGUCAUGUCACCAUACAUGCUGUCCUUUAGGAACCCCCCCAAGUUCUUUAAACCUGGCAUGCCUCUUGACAUAACGAUUUUGGUAAGCAACCAUGAUGGUUCUCCAGCCCCCAACGUCCCUGUACACGUGAACCUGGCACCCAGUCCCUUCACACUCCACACGGGUGUCAUCAGAGUGUCUCUGAACAUGCCAUCACCGCACACUCCGCAGACUAUCACAGUCGAAACCAAAGUCGACUCCUUAAAGAUUGAACAGCAGGCGAAAGCUAAUCUUUUUGUGAAUCCGUAUAGGGCCAAUAAAGUUUAUGCUCCCAACUACCUUUAUAUUUCCACUGGGGAUAACGAAGUAUCUGUGGGACAGAGCCUCAAUUUCCAGCUCUAUGUCAAUACUGCCUCCCAAAAAGUCAGGGACAUGAUUCAACACAUCACAUACCUGGUGCUGAACAAAGGGAGGAUCAUCAGUUCGGAUGAAGUAAAGAUCAGUGGACAGAGUCUCACCAAUGUGGCUCUGACUGUUACCAAAGAGAUGAUGCCUUCCUUUCGAUUUGUCGCCUAUUACAUGAUUCCCCUGUCUCUUCGCAGUGAGGUGGUGUCUGACUCGGUGUGGGUAGAUGUGGAAGACACAUGUGUGGGUUCGCUCAAGGUUGGACACACGGGGUCAAGGGUCUCUGAUGAAUACCGACCGGGAAGUAGCUUUCGUUUCCAGGUCAGAGGUGACCUAGGCGCAAAGGUCAGCUUGGUCGCAGUGGACAACGCAGUAUUUCUUCUAAGCAAGAACAGACUGACCCAGAAAAAGAUCUGGGACAUCGUGGACAGGGGAGACAUGGGCUGCACCUCGGGAGGAGGAAGCAACUAUCUGUCUGUGUUCACCGAUGCUGGUCUUCAGUUCUACUCCAGCAACGCAGGGCUCACGAGGGCCAGACAAGAUGUGGAGUGCAAUAAAGGAGCCAGACGCAGGCGAUCUGCUGCAAAGCUGCAUCUCAGAUCCCAACUGGAGGGCGAAUACUCAGACAAGCUUUUGCAGCGUUGCUGUCAGGACGGUAUGAGAGAGAUCCCCAUGGCCUAUACAUGCUACCGUCGCUCCUUCUAUGUCACCGAGGGUUGGGACUGCAUCUUGGCCUUUCUGCACUGCUGUUCCAAGUACAGAGGAGAAGAUCCAGGCCCCAGCAGAAUGCCACCCACAACAUUACCCCCAACAACCACAACCACUCAGACCCCUGUACCCACCGUUUCCAGACGUGUCUGGCUCGGAUCGGGACGUCGUCGAACAGGAGGUUUUGAGGAGACUCUUCGUCGUGGUCCUCCUGGCCGUGUUCAAAUUGAACCCUUUUCUCGUUUUCGUGAGUUGCCUGGUCUUCCCGGUCCUCCUGGUCUUCCUGGUUUGGCAGGUCCUCCAGGCAUGCCUGAUGUUGAGGUUGCUUCAAGGUCUGUAAUUGAACCGAUGUUCACAAGUGUAGCUUUACCAAAUGAGGGGCACGAGGGGUAUGAUGAGGAAGACGAUGACUACGAAGACCCGACCAGCAUAUACAUCCGCAAAAAAUUCAUGGAGUCAUGGCUGUGGACUGACAUUAAGCUCUCCAGUGUGCCUGAGAGUGGCAGCUCUGACGGGUUGGCUGUACAUCCAGUCGAGACUGCUUUGCCUGAUUCCAUCACACAGUGGGGAGUGUUGGCAAUAAGUGCCUCACCUGUAACAGGAUUCUGUGUAGCAGAUCCGUUCAACGUACGAACAUUUAAACCCUUUUUUGUGGACCUCCGGAUACCACACUCAGUGGCAAGAAAUGAACAUGUGGAGAUUAAAGCCGUGCUCCAGAACCAUAAGGAUGAGGAUUUGGAUGUGAUAGUCAUCUUGGAGAAGACAGAGGACAUGUGUAGUAUUGCUUUUGGCCAAGCACACCGACAACAGGUAAAACUCGCCAAGCAUUCCUCCAUGGUCAUCCCGUACACUGUCAUCCCUCUGAAAGCCGGAGAGCUGGAGAUGGAGGUGAAAGUGAUGGCCCGAGGUUUCUCCGGACACGACGGAGUGAGGAAGAAACUGCGAGUUGUCGUGGAGGGGGUUCAGAAAACUCACGUUCAAAGCUUUGUCCUGGAUCCUUCUCAUGAAGGGAACAGCGAAGGAAAUCAAAUCAUAAGGGUUGACAAGGCACAGCUGAACUCAGUGGUUCCAAACUCACAGCCAGAAACUUUUGUGAACAUCAGAGGUAACCUGCUGGCAGACACCAUUGAUAAUUCCAUUACUGACGACUCUCUCGCCUCACUCAUACGGAUGCCUGGAGGUUGUGUGGAGCAGAACUUGGCCAGCAUCACUCUGCCUCUCAUCGCUGCACACUACCUGGACCGAAGCAAACAGUGGGAGAGUGUGGGGGCGGAACGUAGGGUGGAGGCCCUCAAAUAUAUCCAGAAAGGCUAUGAGAAACAGCUCAUGUACCGCAAAAAGGAUGGCUCUUACCCUCCAUAUCGGAAAGAAGGCACUAGCACAUGGAUCACGGCCUACGUGGUGAAAGUGUUUUCCAUGGCAUAUCCCUUCAUCAGUGUGAAUGAGGACCAUCUGUGUGGGCCGCUCCAGUACCUUCUGAAUUACAAGCAGAAUUCGCAGGGCUAUUUCACCGAGGACAACCCUGUCUUCACCACAUCCAUGACGGGAGGAAUCCAGGGUGCUGAGUCCAGGGCCACCCUCACUGCCUUUGUCCUUAUUGCUAUGGCUGAAGCUCAGGACGCUGUCAACUGCCCAAUGCCUGGAGUCAAGGCUGAUAGUGGCUUCAGGAGAGCGGCACAGUACCUGAAGCAGCAGUUCCCCACACUGAAGAGGCCGUACUCUGUGGCCAUUGCUUGUUAUGCUCUGGCCAUGGCAAACCAGGGCUGUAUGAAAAGCCAGCUCCUCAAGUCAGCUUCACCAGAUCACACACAUUGGCCUGACUCUGAUAACUCCUUGUAUGCUCUGGAGGCCACUGGCUACGCGCUCCUCGCUCUGGUGAAGGGCGGACACAUGGAAGAAGCUGCUAAGCCUUUCCGGUGGCUCAAUGAAAAACGUAGACGAGGUGGAGGCUAUGGCUCCACACAGCCUACCAUGGUGGUCCUGCAGGGUCUUUCAGAGUACCUGGUGAAGAAACCACCUCCUCAGAACCUGAAUCUUCGCGUCGCCCUCAGCAUCCCUGGUCGCAAGGAUGUUAAGUGGUUCUUUGACCCCAAGCUUGCCUAUGUGGCCCGCUCCUCUAGGGUGCCUCUAGAUCAGGACUUCCAAGUCAAAGCCUCUGGAAAUGGCCAAGGAAUCCUGGAGGUGGUCACAGUCUACAAUGAGCUGCCUGAUGUUCAUGAGAAGAAAAGUUGCAAAGGUUUUGACCUGGAUGUGUCCAUUACAGAAACCAAUGAAAAACCCCCAGAGGAUGUGGAAAAGUCGUUCAGAUUGACCAUCAGUGUGCGAUCCCUGGAACAGAGGCCAGUGAGAAUGGUGAUUCUGGACAUCGGCAUUCCCACUGGCUUUGAGCCAGAAAACAAAGACCUUGAACUGCUGACCAACGCAGUGGACCGCUACAUAAGCAACUUUCAGGUCGUGGAUAACCUGAGUGACCGUGCCUCACUCAUCGUUCAUCUCUUCAGGGUGUCUAACACUGAAACCGAGACCAUUACCUUCAGACUGAACCAGAAAUUUAAGGUGGGAUUACUUCAGCCCUCCAUUGUGACUGCAUACCAGUACUACAACACAGACAAUCGCUGUAUCAGAUUCUACAGUCCACCAGAGAACAAAGAGCAGCUUGAUCAAAUCUGUAAGGAUAAUGUUUGUCGAUGCACGCAAGGAGACUGCUGCACUAUGAAGACAGCUAACCAAGCAAUCAGAGACUCGGAACGAAAGGACACAGCUUGUCAAGGAAUAUUCUAUGUCUACAAAGUCAGAGUUGCCGGCAUGAGCAAGAGUCAGUAUGAUAAGUAUGACAUGGAGAUACUUCAGGUCAUAAAAGAAGGGACGGACGUUGGUCUGAAGGAGAAGGACAGGAGGGUCUUCCUGUCUCAUGCAGGGUGUCGGGACAGUCUCAGUCUACAGGAGGGGAAAGAUUACCUCAUCAUGGGCCCCCCAACUGAUGUCUGGCAUGCAGGCAGUGAAACUAACAAAUACACCUACAUCCUGGGGAGGAACACUUGGGUAGAACACUGGCCUACUGAGAGAGAGUGUCUUGCUGACUCGACGCUUGGAGCCAAAUGUUCCCAGCUGACCAAGUUUUCCACUGAACUAUUAAAUAAAGGGUGCCAGUCUUAAGCAGGCAAUACAGAUUUUAGUUACUACUUUCAUCCUCAUUUCCAUACCUCAAAAUAAAGUCAUAGUUUUGUUUGCACAAAGGCAACUUUUGGCUCCUUCCAGCCUGGGUAUUUAGUAAAGCCUUCCAAGUUUUAUCAGCUGAAUUUAUCUUGUUGUUUGUUAUGAAAAUUUGAUUAUUUGACCUGAGAAGCAAACAACAUUCUAUUCAGCAACACAGAGUGGUUACAAACUAAUAAAUUACCACCAAGUGUUCAUAAAACAAUUGUUGAGAUCUUAUGCCACAAAAACAAAUGCUAUUCAAGAGAUGAGACCAGAUUAUUAACGCUGUAUGCUCUUAUAUCUCCUCUGUCAAAUUUUUACAUGUCAUUGUUGAUGAGAAUAUAUAUAUUUGCAUACAUAUAUGUAUGUGCAAAAAAAAACGGGGACAGAAUUGUAAGAAAACUUUGUUCAGUGCUGAAUACGUACCGAUACCUUAUUCUUUUAUGGAUGGUUCAUAUUCUACAUUUGUGGUGUUUUUUCCUCUGCAUUUUAAAAACUUGUAUUCAUUUUCUGUUCUGAUAGUGUGUGUUACUGAAGAGUUUCAGAGGGUUCUCUAGAGCCUCUCCUGUUCUUUUGCCUCAUCUUCAAAAAGUCUCCCCAUCUUAUCCAUGCCUCAAAGAUUUGAAAUAAAAAUGUUUUAUCUGUAAGACUGUGAUUUCAGCUGUAUUAACGACACGAUAAUGGUUUGGCAAGGAAUGAAUGAACAAAAGCACACACAGUAUUUGGAAUUCAGCAGGGUUCAAGGUGAAACCGUGCAAAUAAAAGAGUUAUGGGUGGAACCCCAAGCAUACCA